CAAAUUUUUCUUUUUUUUUCUCCUUUGCUUUUACCAAGAGGGAGCCCAUAUAAAGGGCAAUGUCUUCCCAUUUUUAGCAGAUUGUAUAGAUGGGUGAUUAGCUUGUGGGUCAUUAGCCCUGCCGCUACUAUCCUGCUUAUUAAUAGCAAGAUCCUUCUUCUUCAUAAGCCUCGUGUGUGGUGGGAGCUGGAAGGUCCCCUGGUUCCUCUCCGUCCCGAUUGCCUUGCCUUGCCAUCUUCUAAAGUAUUCCGAUAUGAUCCACGUCAAAACAGCUGGCUGCGAAUGGCAGACAUGUCUGUGCCACGGUCAGAAUUUGCUGUCGGAGUCAUUGGUAGAUAUGUUUAUGCUGUGGCUGGAAGGACGCGGGAUGAAACCUUUUACUCCACAGAGCGAUAUGAUAUCAUAGAAAAUAAAUGGGAGUUUGUCGACCCUUACCCUGUCAACAAAUACGGCCAUGAAGGGACUGUUCUUAAUUAUAAAUUUUUCAUCACAGGGGGCAUUACCUCCUCUUCAACUUCCAAACAGGUGUGUGUGUUUGACCCAAGCAAAGAGGGGACUGUGGAACAAAGAACCAGAAGAACACAGGUUCUAACAAACUGCUGGGAAAAUAAGUGCAAAAUGAAUUACGCUAGAUGUUUCCACAAGAUGAUUUCUUACAAUGGCAAACUCUAUGUCUUUGGUGGCGUCUGCGUUAUUUUAAGGGCUUCGUUUGAAUCGCAGGGCUGCCCCUCUACAGAAGUUUAUGAUCCUGAUAUGGAUCAGUGGACUAUUUUGGCGUCCAUGCCAAUAGGUAGGAGUGGUCAUGGAGUAGCCGUGCUAGACAAUCAAAUCAUAGUGCUCGGUGGCCUGUGUUACAAUGGCCAUUAUAGUGAUUCCAUCUUAACCUUUGAUCCAGAGGAGAAUAAAUGGAAAGAGGAUGAGUUUCCAGAAUGCCUUGCAAGCUGGAUGGUUUACAAGUAUGCAGCCUGCAUUUUCCAGAAUACGUUUUAG